AUGCAGGAUACCUUCUGCCUGAGCGUCAAAUCCAAGUUCAGCUUUGGAGCAACAGUCGCUAAGGAGCGGGGACUCCAGCUUCUCACCUCACUCGCCAACAUGAAGUCUGCAGAGGAAGAUGCAUACAGCUACACACCAAAUGUCAGCCUGUCCCUUCCACUGGGCAUGGGAAACCCCUGUCUGGCCAACCAGUACCACACCUUACAGACCAGCCCAGUCAUCUCAGUUUCUUCUUGCCACCAGACAGGCUACAGUCUCCAGAAUGAUAACCAUGCAGCAUCAGGCUAUUACCUGCCCCACGGCCUGAGACCCAAUGGGGCUCCAGCCUUGGAAAGCCCCCGUAUUGAGAUCACUGCCUACAGCCAGUACCCCGAGGAUGAGGUGGAAGAGAGCAGCAGCGAGGACCACAUCAUCAAACGAGGCGUUAACUCCAUCGUCACGCUGACGCUGCCCAACGCAGACGGCUACCGUGACCCCAGUUGCCUCAGCCCUGCGAGCAGCAUCUCGUCACGCAGCUGCAACUCUGAGGCGUCCUCCUAUGAGUCCGGCUUCUACAACUACGACAACUCCCCACAGAACUCGCCUUGGCAGUCUCCAUGCGUGUCUCCCAGAGGCUCGUCCUCACUUCUGUCCUGCCCACAUGCCGGCGGCCCAGCAGGCUCCCCUCACCACUCGCCCUCCACCUCCCCUCAGAUAGGAGCCAUGGCUGAGGAAGGAUGGCCGGCUCAACCCCGUGGCUCCAGGCCUAACUCCCCUUCCUGCAGUGGAGGCGGUGGAGGCAACGGCGGAGGUGGUGGGGUGGGCAAGAGAAAGUACAGCUUCAACGGUGCCCCCUACCGUCAGACAUCCUGCUCACCCAACCAGUCUCCUAUCCCCUCUCCGCAUGGCUCCCCAAGGGUCAGCGUCACAGAUGAGAACUGGCUCGCCAACACCAACCAGUACACCAACUCUGCCAUCGUGGCCGCCAUCAACGCUCUGACCACAGACGGAGUGAUAGACAUGGGGGAGGGAAUCCCGAUCAAGACACGGAAGACAAUGCUUGACCACUCACCCUCCAUGAGCCUGAAGGUGGAGCCGGGUGGCGAGGAGCUGGGUCCCGAUGGGGAGCUCUGCCAUGAGGACUACCCCUCCCGAUUGGCCCUCAAGAAGGAGAACUACUGUGGAGGGUUCCUGGAUGUGCCCCAGCACCCAUACUCCUGGUCUAAACCCAAGCCUUACCUCAGCCCAUCCCUGCCAGCUCUUGACUGGCAGCUUCCGUCCUGCUCUGGCCCUUACAACCUUCAGAUUGAGGUGCAGCCAAAGUCCCACCACAGGGCCCACUAUGAGACUGAAGGCAGCCGAGGGGCCGUGAAGGCGCUCUCCGGAGGACACCCUGUUGUACAGCUUUAUGGCUACAUGGAAAGCGAGCCGCUCACCCUGCAGCUGUUCAUAGGGACCGCAGACGACCGCCUCCUGCGACCACAUGCCUUCUACCAGGUCCACCGCAUCACCGGCAAAACCGUCUCCACCGCCAGCCAUGAAGUCAUGCAAUCCAACACCAAAAUUCUGGAGAUCCCUCUGCUGCCUGAAAACAACAUGAGAGCCAUAAUUGAUUGUGCAGGGAUCCUGAAGCUGCGUAAUUCGGACAUCGAGCUCCGCAAAGGGGAAACAGACAUCGGACGUAAAAACACACGUGUGAGGCUGGUGUUCCGAGUGCACAUCAACCAGCCCAAUGGCAGGACAGUGUCGCUGCAGACCGCCUCCAACCCCAUCGAAUGCUCCCAGCGCUCAGCACAGGAGCUUCCCUUGGUGGAGAAGCAGAGUGUGGAAAGUUACCCUGCCACGGGAGGCAAAAUGAUGCUCCUGAGUGGUCUUAACUUCCUCCCUGACUCAAAGGUGGUGUUCGUGGAGAAGGCCCAGGAUGGGCAUCAUCUGUGGGAGACAGAAGCCAAAGUUGACAAGGACUCCGUCAAAUCUAGUACUCUUGUUGUGGAGAUCCCACCAUACAGAAACCAGAGAAUAUCCAGCCCGGUGCACGUUAACUUCUACGUCUGCAACGGCAAGAGGAAGAGGAGCCAGUGCCAGCGCUUCACCUACCUGCCUCCUAAUGUGCCAGUAAUAAAGACAGAACCCAGUGAUGAAUAUGAUUCUCUGGUGACUGCAGGGCUGUCCAUGCAUUCAAAGCCCUACUACAGCCAGCCAAGGCUCACUCCCAUCAUGCCUGUAGCCGAUCCUGAUGCCUGCCUGGUCGGCGCCUACCCUCCCUGCCCGCCUCGCCAUGCUGCCAUUCCAUCGUCGUCUCCCAGCUCCAGCCCCACCCUGCAUGACCUAUCCCCCGUGGCAUACAGCAAGUGCCUCCCCAGCAGCCCCACCCAUGCGGCACCGCCAGGCUCUGUUGUGCCCCCCAUCCAGGAGACCCCUGGCCGUCCUAACCUCGCCCACCCAGCCUCGCCAGACCACAACUCUUGCCUAGGGAUGCUCCAUUCCCAGGGCAGUCCCAGCCACCUCAACAGCCCAGGACCCCAUGGUUACCACCCUAUCUAUGCCAACAGCAGCCCCUCGUCCUCCCCAGUGUCCCACCCUUCCACUCCCGGUGGGACUGCAGAGAGCCCGUUCGUUCAGGCCUACAGCCCCAGUCAGGUUCAGGCAGCAGCCAGCUCAGCCCAGGCCGGAGGGAGCCCACCCAGCCUGCUACCUGAGGACGCCAGCCCCCCUUCGAUGGCCAUCACCGUCAAACAGGAGCCACAGGAACUGGACCAGAUGUACUUAGAUGAUGUUAACGAGAUUAUCAGGAACGACCUCUCCAGCAUAUCCGUGCAUACUCAUGCAUAG